AUGUCUCCGGAACCCAGAGAUACGACCCUCGGAAAGGAGGUCUUUCAAAUGCUUAGCCAUUCUAGUAAGGAUUCGGGUAUUUUAAAGCAAAAACGAACACGAAAAAUAGGAUUACAAAAAGGAGAAGAAAACUUACGAGAGGCAAAGGAGACAGGAAGAGACGGAAAGAAGUUGCAGAAGACGCGAAAUAGAGGGAUUUCAGCUGGCAAUCCAGGAGCUCCCAAGGCAAUCAAAAGCCAAGUCGUAGCCGAUCUCCUUGCCCAAUUUCCAAGUGGUGACUAUGAACCAGUGAAUGAAGAAUUAAGAGGAGAGGUGCAUACAACUAUGGCUUCCAAGGAAAGCUUUUGGACAUUGAGCUUUGACGGAGCAGCAGCCAGAGGGAAAGGAGGAACUAGGAUAGUCCUUAUAAGCAAAAGUGGGGAAAAGUUAUAUUUGUCUUAUAAACUAGAUUUCCAUUGUUCGAAUAAUGAAGCCGAGUAUGAGGCUCUUAUUUUAGGUUUGAUAGCAGCUGAGAAGCACAAUAUUAAGAAGAUUUGGAUUCGGGGGGACUCAAUGAUAAUAGUGAAGCAAGUUUCAAGACAGUUCGUCUUAAAGGAGCCUACCUUGGCCACAUAUCGAACAACAGUCCAAAGGCUUCUGGACAAAUUUCAGAAGGUCGAAAUAGAGCAUGUGCCUCGCUCCGACAACAAGUUUUCAGAUGCCCUCGCAACAUUAGGGGCAAGAGUUGAUAUUCCAGAGGAGGAGGCGACAAUUAUUAUUAAGAAGAGAACAGAGCCUUCAAUAAUGCCCAAAGACAAAGACCUUCUGGAGGACUGGAGAGGAGAAGUCCUCGAACAACUCAGAAGCAAAGUUGGAAAAUUGACUAUGGCCAAGCUUGCCCAAUUCAUAAUUAUUCAAGGUGAACUUUAG